ACUUUUCCACUUUCGGUUCCUGCUCCUCAUACCACAAUGGCUUCUGCUGAUCUGAGGGCCGAGCUGGACUGCUCCAUCUGCCUGAGCCUCUAUACAGAUCCUGUAUCCCUGAGAUGUGGACACAACUUCUGCCGCUCGUGUAUUGUGAGUGCGCUGGAUGCACAGGAGGCAGCUGGAGUGUAUUCCUGUCCUGACUGCAGAGCAGAAUAUCCGGAGCGUCCGGCCCUGGAGAAGAGCAGGAAGCUGAGGAACAUAGUGGAGCGUUUCUUAUCUGCUCAGCCUGAUAUGGAGGAGACCGAGAUCUUCUGUACUUACUGUACUAAGUCUCCUGUACCGGCUGUGAGGACAUGUCUGCACUGUGAGGCCUCGUUCUGUGAAAAGCACUUGAGUAGACACAGUAAGUCAUCAGAACAUACUUUGGUUGAACCUACUGCUACCCCGAAGGAAAGAAAAUGCUCCACACACAAGGAGGUGCUGAAAUACUAUUGUCCGAUGGACGCCGCCUGUAUCUGUGUGUCCUGCUGGGUGGCCGGAGACCACAAGGGACAUGACGUGCAGCUACUGGACGUGGCCUCUGAGAAGGAGAAAGAGAAACUGAGGAAAUAUCUGGAGGAACUAAACCCACAAAAAGCAGAAAUUCAGAGUAAACUUCAGAAUCUGCAGGAUCGUCAGAGGAAUAUCCAGGAGAAGGCCUCUGAUAAGAGGAAGAACGUCAGGAAGUUAUUUAUGGACAUUAAGGAGCAACUGGAAAUGGCAGAAAAGAAAGCGCUGAGCGAGAUCUCCAGGAAGGAGGAGAAGAUUGUGUCCCAGAUAUCUGAUCUGAUCAAGAAGCUGGAAAUAGAGGAGGACGAGCUGUUCAGGAAGAUGCGUCACGUGGAGGAGAUGUGUCAUGUCACCGACCCAAUAAGACUCCUACAAGAAAGUGACAUUACAGUAUGUGGUCAUGGAGAUGAUGAGGACACAGGGGAAGAUGGUAGAGAGGGCAGGUCUGAGGAUGAUCUGGAUGAGGUUCUGAUCUCACUGACCUUCUACCGAUCUAUGAGGGAUAUUGUCACCAAUGUCACAUCAGAGCUCGGGCUCCAUGUUCCAGACAUAUUGCUGGAUGAGGACACUGCUAAUAUAUAUGUGAAGAUAUCAGAAGAUCUGAAAACAGCAACAACAACAGAAGAGGAAGAAGAAGAGGAAGAAGAGGACAGACCAGAAUCACCAGGAAGGUUCCUAGAUUAUCCCCAGGUGUUAAGCAGAUGUGGCCUCUCCUCAGGAAAACAUUACUGGGAGGUAGAGUGGGACCAGAAAGGAAAAUGUGACAUCGGACUGUCCUAUCCCAGUAUAGAAAGGGAAGGAGAUGAGUCUUGUAUUGGAUGUAAUGAUAAAUCUUGGUCUUUGGAUAUGUCUGGUGCAGGAUGUACAGUGUGUCACCGCUCAGUCAGAUCCCCCCUAAGUGUAGAUACAACAUGUCCUAGACUUGGGGUCUUCUUAGACUAUGAGGCCGGGCGCCUGUCCUUCUGUCAGCUGUGUGACCCCAUCAGACACUUACAUACCUUCACUGCCUCCUUCUCUGAACCCCUACAUGUUGUCUUCUGGUUGUGGUCUGGAGCCUCUGUUAGAAUAAUAAAAAUGGCAGAAAAGAAAGCGCUGAGCGAGAUCUCCAGGCAGGAGGAGAAGAUUGUGUCCCAGAUCUCUGAUCUGAUCAAGAAGCUGGAAAUAGAGGAGGACGAGCUGUCCGGGAAGAUGCGUCACGUGGAGGAGAUGUGUCAUGUCACCGACCCAAUAAGACUCCUACAAGAAAGUGACAUUACAGUAUGUGGUCAUGGAGAUGAUGAGAACACAGGGGGAGAUGGUGGAGAGGGCAGGUCUGAGGAUGAUCUGGAUGAGGUUCUGAUCUCACUGACCUUACACCGAUCUAUGAGGGAUAUUGUCACCAAUGUCACAUCAGAGCUCGGGCUUGAUGUUCCAGACAUAUUGCUGGAUGAGGACACUGCUAAUGAAUAUGUGAAGAUAUCAGAAGAUCUGAAAACAGCAACAGAAGAAGAAGACGAGGAAGAGGAAGAAGAUGAAAAAAAAGAACAGGACAGACCAGAAUCACCAGGAAGGUUCCUGUAUUGGGACCAGGUGUUAAGCAGAUGUGGCCUCUCCUCAGGAAGACAUUACUGGGAGGUAGAGUGGAACCAGAUAGGAGGAUGUGACAUCGGACUGUCCUAUCCCAGUAUAGAAAGGAAAGGACAGAGGUCUGGUAUUAGAUGUAAUGAUAAAUCUUGGUGUCUGGAAAUGUCUGGUGCAGGAUGUGCAGUGUGUCACCGCUCAGUCACAUCCCCCCUCAGUUUAGAUACAACAUGUCCUAGACUUGGGGUCUAUCUGGACUAUGAGGCCAGGCGUCUGUCCUUCUAUAAGCUGUGUGACCCCAUCAGACACUUACACACCUUCACCGCCUCCUUCUCUGAACCCCUACAUGCUGUCUUCUGUGUGAAGGAUGGAGCCUCUGUUAGAAUAAUAAGCUGA